AGGAAAUAAUAUAUUUCCAAACAGGAAGGCAGCACGGAGAGUCUUAUUCGGCAGAUAUACCUGCCUUCUCAGUGGGAAUGAAGCGAGCAAACUGGCGAUCGAGAGGCAGGGAUCGACACCGACAGUACCAUCAGUCAGACUGGCGGAGGUCUGACCGUUCAACCCACAAUAAUGACCAGGAAUAUAGUUCUGGCAGCACAGCAGACACUGGUGCAUCAAGUGAUUCGGCUUCAUCCGCUGGGGCCAGUACGCCUGCACCAGAGUUGCCAGGCUUCUACUUUGACCCAGAGAAAAACCGCUACUUUCGUUUGUUGCCUGGACACAACAACUGUAACCCUCUGACAAAGGAGGGGUUGCAAAAGAAGGAAGAGGAGAAGAGGAGAUCGGCCCUUCUAGCAGAGGACGAUGGUCCCAAGAAGAAAGCUCCCAGGACUGGGUUGAAUUCUGCAUUGCUGUUACAGAAGAGGCAUUUGGGUCUACUGCCCCCAAGCUCCUAUUGUAGGCUGAUCCAUGAAGUGAAAGUCAGUGGGAUGCAACGUCACAAACUGGAGGUGCAGAGCGCAAACUCCAGCAGCCCAAACACGGACAACUUCCAUCUCAUAGUUGCUGAUUCGGCUUGUGAGCGAGUUUUCACUGUGAACGAUGUGUCACACGGAGGUUGCAAGUAUGGCAUUAUGAACUUCCAUGGCUGCAGAAAAGGUUCUCUGUCAGUGGAGAUGUGUGAUAACCUUUACUUUACCAACCGCAAGGUGAACUCUGUAUGCUGGGCCUCCGUGACACACACAGAUUCUCAUGUUCUGUUAUGUUUGGUGGGCAUCUCUCAGACGCCAGGCUGUGUAAGCUUAUUGCCUGCUUCUCUUUUCAGCAACUUCAAUCCAGAUCAGCCAGGGAUGCUGUGCAGUUUUAAGAUUUCCACAGCUUGGUCAUGUGCAUGGUGCCUAAACCCACAGGCUGAUAAAACUUUCAGCACUGGCCUUUCUCGGCGUGUAAUUGUGACAGAUGCUGUGACUGGACGCAGGGCGACUUAUGUGGCUGGCAGUGAUGUUCUUGCUCAACAGUUUGCCCUAAGGGCUCCUGUGCUGUUCAACGGCUGUCGCUCAGGAGAGAUCUUCAGCAUUGACCUACGCCAGCGUGACAGGGGUCGCAGUCACAGUUGGAAGACCAGCCGCUUCUUUCAGGAGUCAGCCAUCACCUCGCUCCAACUGCUACAGGAUGAGAACUACCUCCUUGCUGCUGACAUGCUGGGCAAGAUAAAGCUCUGGGAUAUCCGUGUUAAGCGGUCCGUCAAACAGUACGAAGGUCACCACAACGAAUACGCCUACCUACCUAUUCACGUCAAUGAGCCAGAAGGACUGCUGCUUGCUGUGGGCCAGGACUGUUACACCCGGCUUUGGAGUCUCAGUGAUGGUCAUCUCCUCCGGACAAUCCCUUCGCCCCACCCUGCAGAGAAGGACUCGAUACCAAAUGUGGUGUUUUCCUCCCAGCUGGGUGGUUGUAGAGGACUACCUGGACUCCUUAUGGCUGUUCGCCAUGAUCUGUACUACUAUUCUUACAAUAAAGACUAUCAGGAUGGGCUGGCAGUGGAGGGUCAGUGUUAGCAUCACCCUUGGCCUCUGAAAAUGGGCUGCCUUGUAACAACCAGCAUAUGAAAUUUGAGUCUGUUACCAUUGAUACUGUGUCAUACUGACCAAAAUGUUGCCAAUUGUACCAUCUUCCUUUUAGUAAAAUUCUAGAUUAGACUUUCAGGGAUUCAGAAUACUUGCUUGUCCCUUAAAUUAUGUUGAGAGUAAUUUUGAAAAUCUUUUUAGAAUUAUACAAUGUACAGUCAUAUUUUCAGUGUUAAUAAUCCACUUGAAUUUUACCUCCUAAAAGUGCAAUUUCAAAAAAAAAGUUUAUGGUUAAUGGUUUUGAAAGUAAAAAAUGACAUUUACUUGAAAUAUGCUGCAACUUUUUUUUGUAAAAUGAGGGGGAAAUGUUUGUCAUUGUUCAAAGUGAUGAAAUUAGACAAUAAAAACGAA